AUGCAAUCGUCAAUCUUAGCCCCAGAAGAAGUUUAUAAUUAUGCUAUAAAUAGAGGCAAAAUUUUGAAAACAAUAGGGUCAAAGUCAUUUGUGCUUAUUGUUUUUGCUAUUUUUCUUGUCAUAACAUCAAAGGUUGCAGCUAGGGAGUUGUCUCAAAGCUCCACUACUUCUCGGGACAACGGAUAUGGCGGAUAUUUUCCUGGUUAUGGUUAUGCCAGAGGAUAUCCUAGAGGUGGUUGGUAUGGAGGAUUGCCUCGGAACUAACUAAUUUAAUUAUAUACUAAAGGCGUGUAUGUGUGUGUAACCAUUCAGUUACUAUGGAUGGAUAGUCAUCAUGUCAUGUUUCGUUGAAUAAAAAUAUCAGAAAUUUCAGAGAA